AGGUUCGAGACGGGGGAUAACGGGUGAGGUGGACGGUAUCAAGUUCUCUCGUGAUAAGCUUUCAAGGUAGCCCCCCGCUCGCUGCUUCUAUAUUAACUAGUUUUAUAACAAGCUGGGGCUUUGUCGGCAAGAAUAACAGAUCCAAGGACAAUGGCUGACUGUCAGAGCUUUGUGGAGCUAUACCUGAGGGACUGCUGGAAUUAAUAGAUAUAUGUUAAAAGACCACCGACAGGCGAGGGACUGGUUUUUGUAGGACUAAACGGAACUAACAGCAAGGAUCAUUACCGCAACUAUCUCUUGUGACAUCCAGAGAGAGAGAGGAAGAGAGCAGGCACAAUAUCCUUUUGCUUCUCCCGUUCGCGUAUUUCAAAGCAUAAGUUUUCUUUGCUAGCAAUGGCAUCCUCGUGGAAUCGUCUCCUGACUGUAUAUCUGUUGGGGCUCUGGAUGCCUGUUUGGGGCUCAGCACUGACUCGUGAACGUUUCUUUGGUCGGAUUGAGCUGUGCAGCGAAGUUUUUCCUGGCACCUCCUCCUUCCCCGACGUCAGCAAGAUGCACUGCGCAACGAAGUGUGCCGAGAGCGAGGCUUGCACUGCCUUCAGCUUCACCACCACCAGCGGCAUCUGCCAUCUGCACUAUGACAGCGACUUGACUUCUUACCCGUGUACGACAUCUUCUUCGACCUCGCAACAUUUUGAAAAGAUCUCUGAAAACCUCGUCUGUUACAACGGAGGUUCUAUAGUCUCAGAUGGGACAGCAUGCAAAUGUGUCAACGGUUAUGUUGGCAGCCGCUGCGAAAGACUUGCAAAAGAUUGCAAAGAAAUAAUCGCAUCUGGCUACUAUGAUGUCCUUCUGCAUAAUAUAUUUAACAUCCGCCCGUCCCUGGCCACUGCUCCCAUCCGGGUCCUCUGCGACUCGUGGGUAGAAAACAUCAUCCACAAACGUAUCAGUGUCGUGCCGAGCUUCAACCGCAGCAUGGCGGACUACGUGGCUGGCUUUGGAGAUGCCAACAGUGACUAUUGGGUUGGCCUGCAAAACCUGUACUUGUUGACCUCCAGCACGUCAUAUACCCUCGGUGUACAGGUCGCUUACUCCUCCUCUGAACACCAGCGCUUCUACAGGAACUUCACAGUCAGAGGCGCUGGGAACGGGUACUCCAUGUUCUUUGGCGGUCAGUACGAUCCUCCCUCUGAUAAGGCGGACACAAUGGGAGACUGCCUGUCACAGCUACAGAACAGUUCCUUCUCCACUUACGAUGCUGAUAUGGACGGGAACGCCACCUACAACUGUGCCAACAACUACGGCGGUGGGUGGUGGUACAACCAGCAGUGCAGCGACUGCAACCUCGUGGGUAAGAAAAGUCAGACUUCGACACGAAUUCCAGGAGCUGUUGACGAACUUUUCUGGAAUCCUGGGCUGGAUUCUCGCCUGACGCCCGUGAAUGUCUACAUGUUUCUGUUCAGAUCUUAAGGAAAACAUAUUGUGGCUGGUUAUGGCGACUUCUUCACUUUUUGAUUUAAAGAAUGCCUCAUCAUGCCCUUGAACAACGGACAAUAUUCCUUCCUGUAGAUGAUACUAAAUUGUGAAAAAACUGCAUAUUUUAUUAUCGACUAGAGCCACUCACUCACGCACGCAUUAGCACACUGUCCUUUAAAUAUAUGAAAAAGAAUCAGAUGUUUAACAAUUAAUCAUAAAGUAGUGAAGUCAAUGUAUUAACCUUUGUGUUUAAUUACUAUUUUUAAAUCACACAUUAAUUGACCACAAUUUUCGUUUCCAUCGUAUUGCGCAAUCAGUACUUAAGCAUUUGUCAUGUGAUUUUUU